UUCACAGGUCUUAGCUGAGCAAAAUGAUCGCCGCUCCAUUAGCUUCAAGCAAUGCGUUUUAUUUUUUCCUCUCAACUGUAUCUUUACAUUUUGCUAUCGCCGAAAUACCACAUUGCGCCUUCGAGGAUACAGUUAAUUUAACAGGGAGUCAGAUUUUACCCACAGGUUUCUACAACUAUGAAGGUUUAGCGGUGCCGCCUCAUUUGACUGGGUUUUACGAGCACAUAGAGCUCUUCGGUGGUAAACGUAAGGUCGUGGCGGAGCAUUUACGCGGUUGUGUGUGUCAACUCAAGCGUUGUGUGAAAUUCUGCUGUCAUCCCAGAGCCGAUAUGUAUCGGUCGACCGAAACUUUGCGGGUGGAAUGUGAUGAUCAAUUGAAUGAAGAGCUUACAUAUUCACCAUUUUUGAAUAUAACGUUGAAUAACGGUAAACGGAUAUCAAUGCAUGUGAUGGAUGAGUUUGUAGUACAACAGGGGCUACCGUGUGAUCUGGGAUAUAUGUCAAUGCCGCAUCUGCGCAAAGAACAUCAGUGGGAACUGUUUGAGAAUGGCUCGCUACUACGCUUUGGGGACCAACUGCUCAUUUCUAGACGAGAUUAUUGCCUGACUGCAUAUCCUGUGGGCAAUCAUUUUGUACUAAAUCCAAUGAAUUGUGAUGCUGGACAAAAAAUAUCUGCAAGCCUAAUGCUUAAUACUAUGAUUAUGUUGAUCUCCCUGCCCUUUCUCUAUGCUACCAUUUUGAUUUUCUGGCUGAUUCCUGGACUACGGAACUUGAAUACCAAAUGCUUGAUUUCUUAUCAGUUCUCGUUAGCUAUUGGCAACACUAUGAUUAUAGUCACUAAUUUGAGAAAAUCGGAUUAUGAUAAAACCGUCUGUGCUGCUGUAGGUGAGUCUGUUUAUUUUUUGGACCUAAUAAUAACGCUACUUAUAAAGUUAAUAGAAUAUAUAACAACAAAUUUCAGUGUGAAAAUGCGAUCUCGGCACUUGAUGGUGUUUUUCGUUAUAUAUUUAUUGAAUUGCCACGGAGUUCUAUCGAAUAUACCGAAUUGUGCCUUUGAAGAUACCGUUAACAUAACUGCUGGUCAAAAAUUCCCGAAUGGUACCUACUCCUACGAAGAUUUGUUAGUACCGUCGCAUUUGAUUGGCUACUAUACUUACAUAGAACUGUUCGGUGGUGAGCGCAAGCCCGUGGAGCAGCAUUUACGCGGCUGUGUGUGCCAACUCAAGCGAUGUAUCAAAUUCUGCUGUGAUCCACGCGCUGAGAUGCAUCGCUUAGAUGAAAACUCUCCAGCAAAAUGUGAACCGAUACUCAUAGGGGGUAUUAACUAUUCACCAUAUUUAAAUAUAACGCUGCACAACGGUACACAACGUGCAAUGAAUUGGCUGAAUGAAUUUGUGGUGCAAAGAGGGUUACCGUGCGAAAAUGGACAAAUGUUAGCUCCACAUGUAAGUGAUCUGGAGCGAUGGGAAUUGUUUGAGAAUGGCUCACUGUUGAUCGCUGAUCGCCCGUUCAUUUCUCGACGAGAUUAUUGCCUGUAUGCGUAUCCAGUGUAUGGCAUAAAUGUAUUAAAUCCAAUGGAUUGUUUUCCUUAUACGGAAGAGAAACCACCAACAAUAAUAGCCAACACGAUAAUUUUGAUGAUUUCCGCACCAUUUCUAUAUGCAACAAUAAUAAUAUUAUGGCUUAUGGGAAAGUUAAGGAACUUACAUGGCAAAUGUUUAGCUUGUUAUCUAUUUUCAUUGGCUAAUGGAACGCUGCUCUUGGUAGUGGUCAAUCUAAGAAAUUCGAAAUACGAUGAUGUCGCUUGCGCUACCAUAGGAUUCGUCAACUACUAUAUCCUCACAGCCGUCUUUUUCUGGCUUAACGUGAUCUGCUUCGAUCUCUGGAAAAAUUUUCGCAUCACCAAUGUAUCCAUUCAACUAUCAACGGAGCGGAAACAAUUUCUGUAUUACUCGCUAUAUGCUUGGGGACUGCCAGCUAUUAUGACUGCUAUAACGGUUACUUUACAGUAUUCCGACCUGCCAGACGAGCUGAAGUCUGGUAUUGGUGUCUUACGUUGCUGGCUGAAUACUGAUAACUGGUCUGCGAUGAUUUAUUUUUAUGGACCUUGUCUUUUACUUAUCGUUUUCAACAUUGUCUUCUUCUUUUUGACCACGAAGAAAAUCUUGACAACACGUCGUGAACUGCGGAAGUUGACGCGGGAUGAUUGUAGAAUGCAGCGCCUGCAUUCGCAACAAAAUAAUGUCUGGCUCUUCUUUCGUCUGUUCACUAUAAUGGGUAUUAGUUGGCUGCUGGAGAUCUUCACCUAUUUGGCUGGCGAUAGAGAGGAAUAUAUCGUUAUUUGUGCGAUUAUAAAUGCAUUCAACUCCGCCCAAGGAUUAAUUAUAUUUAUAAUAUUGAUUUUGAGGGAAAAAAAUUUAUCGGUCAUAAAUAAUGCCAUAAUUGCCAACUUUUCGAAAUUGCGGUGCUGUCGACCUGUGUCUCAUAAGUAAUAUGGAAUAAUUAUAAUAUUUUUUCGCUUGACGAAAAAACAACACAAUUUAAAGGAAACAAAAUGCAAAUAAAUGUUGUAAUCUUA